CCAUCACCUUUCUCUGCAGCGCGCGCACGGCGACCGAUCGACCGCGAUCGAUAUGUAUUUGCCUUGUUUCCAUGACGACACGCAGCGCGCGGCCACUAAUUAAUAAUUAAAGUGGGCGGAGUCUUAUCAACUUUCCUUCUUCGCAUUCUUGCUAUAUAGUCGGACCAUGCAAUGUCGUGAAAUACUUUUGUGGCUGAUGCCGUAGGACAACCUUGUUCGCAUCUUGACGCACGCUGGAAGCAGGAACUAUGACAUCACGGCAGCAGAAUCAUAAGCGGCAGCAGCAAAAGCAGCAGCAGAGUAAGAGGAAGGAGACGCUCUGCCAGAGGAUGGCCGGCUUUCUGAAGGCCUUGGGUCUCGAGAACAAACCCGAGUACGCAGAGAAGAUCCCCGACACGCUCACGGAUCAAGACUUCCAAGUCCACGAUACCUUCCACCAUGGAUUUCCCAGUCAGCCGAGCUGUUUGGCAUACGACCCAGUUCAAAAAAUUCUUGCCGUUGCUACAAAACAUGGAACAGUUGUCUUGUUGGGGAAACCGGGACUGGAGGGAUCGUUCACUCAUCCCGAGACUUGCUGCGUGUCACAGAUGGUGUUCAUUGCCAACAAGAGCACGUUGGUCACCAGCUGUGACAACAGAACCCUCUACCAAUGGUCCAUCGCUGACAAACAGCCGACCAUAAGACACCAGCUGCAGUUCACCAAGGAAUGCCCCACAGCAAUGUCGUGGACGUAUGGUUCAGAGUGGCUCUAUGUAGGGAAUGACGCCAGUAACGUUCAUCUGGUCCACGUCGACAAUUUCACUCUCUCCGGAUAUGUCAUCCACUGGAAUAAUGUUGUGGAUGGCCACAAUAAGAUGAGGCCCGGUGACGUAAUGGCUGUUAGAGAACACCCUAUGGACCAGGGAAAGAUACUGAUAGCCUACUCCAGCAGUCUGCUGGUUCUCUGGAACUUCAAGAACAAGUGUUGUGACAAGAAAUACUCCUACGAUCCCGGAAUCAACCACGUUCUGACUAGCGUGUCGUGGGUGGGAGCGGCAAGUUCUUCACCUCUGCCUACAGCGAUGGCAGCAUCGCCCACUGGAGCCCCAAGGUGGACAAUAAACCAGACAAAGUCUUCCAACUCCACGAGUCCGAAGCAGAGGCGAGGGUCAGUAAGAUCAUCUACAAACUGCAGAUUCAGAUGACUGAGAGUGACCCAUGGAUCAUCUGCAGCGGCGGCUACCCGGAGGAAUCCCACUCUUGCCCCAAGACCAUCACAGUCCGUCACGGCAAAUCAAUCACCCUUCUUUCCACCAACUCGACCAUCAUUGACUUUAUCAGUCUCCCGUCAACUCCAUUUGCCAUGGACCCCCAGAAACCCCUGGCCCUAGUCAUUCUCACAAAAGACGAUCUCGUGGUUCACGAUCUUCAGACUGAAAAUUUCCCCCUGUUCUCGCUGCCGCAUGCGCUGGACAUCCACAUCCCACCAGUCUCGUGUCUGGAGUUCUACGGCAACUGUCCCGAGGAACUAGUAGCCUCACUGCAUUCAGUCAAGUCAAAAAUGCUGCACAAUUUCAACUCAUCCAGACUGUGGCCAGUAAUGGGUGGCAAGUGGGGCCACGAGUCACCAUAUCUCCCAACUGAUCUCGUCCUCACCGGGCAUACUGAUGGCUCCGUGAGGCUCUGGUACUGCAGCUCUGUGAUAUUUCAACCAUUCUUCACCCUCCCAACCACUCCCUUCUUCAAGUACAACUACACCCUCUCUCCUUCCACUCCAACUCGCCGUCCCCCGCAAAGAAAUGCGGAAGAUCUCCUCCCCCUCCCUCCUCCUCUUCCCAACCACCCUCGUCCCUCACUCCCCAGCACCACGCAGCGCCGUCACACGGAGACAGGAUUCCCCCUCCUCGUCCUCCUCCUCCCUCGUCCAUCUCGAAAGCGGCGUCCGCGUCACGGCUACAUGCUGUCGACAGUAAAGACGGAGGAGGCGAAUCGGGGGAGGAGCCCGGACAACUCCGUCAUGUGAGGUCGUCUGAGCAGUUUGUGGUGCACCGUAAGGUGUCCGAGGGGAGCGACGGGGGGAGGGAGGGGGAGGGAGAGGGAGAGGAAGAGGAGGAGUCGGAAAGACUCAAAACUCCUUCACCGGCAACAGGUCAGCUGCGAGUGGAAGGAGAAGAAGUAACGGACGGACAGAGUCCCAAGGCCGAACCCUCUGUCAGUCCCGGUCCUUCCAGAAAAACAAUCUUCUCCCGCGAGAAAAAGAGCAUCUUCAAACGGCCGUCGAAGAGCCGUUUUAGCU